GGGUGAAAGUCCCCUUACCCCUCAACUUCCCCUCCCUCUGCUGUCAGCUUCCUCUUCCAGCCAGGCCGCUCCCUCUGCCAAUUCCUCCUCACUCCUCGGGCCAUCCCCGCGGUGCUCAGUUCCCUGCUCCUGGAGAAGUCCUCGUGUCCCUCAGACGGACGUCCAUGGAUACAGGGACAGUAGACAGCAGCGAGGUGGCCCCCGAGGCCCCACAGACCACCCACAUCAAUGUGCACAUCCACGAGGAGUCAGGGCUGGCCAAGAUCCUGCUGACCGGAUGCUCCCUGCUGCGCCUCCCAGCCACAGCCACCGAUGCCACCAGCCGGAUCUUGGGCAGCAGCCGGCUGUUGGUGGCCUCCUGGGUGGUGCAGAUCAUGCUGGGGCUCCUGAGCGGGGUCCUGGGAGGACUCCUCUACCUCUGCAAUUCCUACACACUGCGCGACUCAGGAGCCGCCUUCUGGACUGGGGCCGUGGCUGUGCUGGCUGGAGCUGCUGGCUUUGUGUAUGACAGACGGGGUGGGAUCUGUUGGGCCCUGCUGAGGACCCUUCUCACAUUGGCAGCUUUCUGCACGGCCAUUGCCGCCAUCGUGAUUGGAGCUGAUAACUUCCAGCAGUACGGCUACAAUAUAGACACGUAUUACAUCUGUCAAGACCGCUCGAGGAGCUGGCCCACCAUGCUCCCCACUACCGUGAGUCCUGAGAGGCUACACCUGUGCAGCUCCCAGGUGAACAUGCUGAAGGGCCUGAUCAUAAGCCUGCAGUCCAUGCUCUUGGGUGUCUGGGUCCUGCUGCUUCUGGCAUCUCUAGCCCCUCUGUGUCUGUACUGCUGGAGAAGAUUUUCCACUAAAGAGAAAAGAAACCAACCAAAAGAAGCUGUUGGGAGUGAACCCGUACUAACGCUGCCUCUGCUGGGCACUCAUACCUGAAACUCCUGCUUUGAAUGUCCCUGCAUCUGACUCCUUGAAGAACCAGAUCGGGACAAGAGACCACCAACUGCUGCAGCUGUUCUUCCCUAAGGACCAUAGCUACUGCCCUGCUCCAUCGGCCAUCACAGUGGCUCUUGCUUAUCCGCUGCUCACCUUCAUCAUCUUUCAUGUCUCCCCUUAUGCAGUAAUUUGGCAAUAAAUGUUUAUGUGAUUAA